AUGGUGCCGCUGCCUCUGUUCAAGCUCGCCGCGCUCUUCGUGCGGCACGUCUCCAAAUACGGCGCGAACCGCAUCAAGGCGCAGGCCCACGACCACCCUCGGUUCCGCGCCUUUGCCGCCAGAUACGGCCAGGCCAUACACCAGCUCAACAUGAGGCUCUCGGUGGCCAUCCUCCGAGACCCCGAGGCCGAGCGGCGGGCCAAGGAAAAGGCCGAGGCGCCCACGGUCAAGACGGAGGAGCAGACGCGCCGCGACGAGGCAGCCAAGGUGCAGUCCAAACCAGACCCGUCGUCGUCGGGCCGCAACAAGUUCCCCUUCCAGAACGUGUGGAAGCGAAAGUUUCGCCCCCUGCCGGAAGCCAAGGCCGUCGACCUUUUCGCCGACGUCACCGGCGACGCCUUCAUCCUGGGCGUCGCGGGGGGGCUCAUCAUAUACGAGUACUGGAAGGCGUCACAGAAGCCCGACAUCAACAAGGAACGGAUAGACGACCUCAACCGGCGCUUCGAGGAGCUCCAGAGGCGGGAGGACGAACUGGCCGACUCCGAGGAGAAACAGAGGCAGAGGUUCGAGUCCCUCGAGGCGGCGCUGAGGGCGUUGCAGGAUCCAAAGACAAAACAAACUCUGCUGCCGGCUUUGAAGGAGACUUGA